AUGUCCUCUAGACACUUUCUAAUGUUCCUUUUUGGAGUGGUGUUUCUCAUCACUUCUAGCUUUGCAGAUUACUAUAGGCCUCAAGAGAAAUCACUUCCAGGAAUUAUACCACAUUCUGAGGCUUCAACUGGUAAAUCCCUUAUAAAUGAUCACUUUAAUGUUAAAAGGCCACUUGUUUGCCAGCCUUUAGCUUGGAAACCAAUCCCAAGGCCGACUCCGGACACUACUCCACCUAAACUGAAACCUCCGAUCCAUAUUCCACCUGAUCUAAAACCUCCAUUUCCAAGGCCACCAAGGCCAUCUGCUCUGAAGCUAUCAGCUCCUUUUGAGACUUCACCCACAGGUAAACCCCUUAUGAAUGAUCACCUUGAUAUUGAAAAGCCACUUGUUUGCCGGUCUUCAAUGAAGCAUGUAAUGCCGAAGGCGAAGCCAGGGAAGCCGAUCAAUAUUCCACCGGAUCAAAGACCUCCAUAUCCAAGGCCACAAAAGCCAAAGCUAUCAACCCCCUAA